CUGUUUCUCUGGGAUAGAGACUCACGCACACCACUCUCCGUGUCCGAUCAUCUCAAGUUGUGUUGGUUCUCAAGCAAUCCUGUAUACUGAUCGAGUUCUUCUGGAGGCUCGAGAGCGUUGAACAGAGACUUUGCAUCCUGAUCGUCUCAAUUUGUCUUAGUGCCAGGGUUUACUGCUCUAAUUCGUUCCAGGGGUUCGAGAGCGUUGAUGGCGGAGUUCUUGGACCUUUCUCUCUUGGCUAAUGUGGCCUCAAUCGUGGCCAAUCGACUUGCUCAGUUGGAUUCUCCACUGGAGGUGGAAAUCCGGGUGUUCAACGGACGUCUAGGUAUGAUCACGAACAGAAGAUCGGUCCGGGCGAAGAGAUUGUUCAAGAAAGCUGUGGAUGUUGGGGCUCCCCUGAUGAUUGCAGCGGCUCCUUCGAGAAUUGGCAAGAAAUGCUGCUGCGAAACGGGUCUUAAGCAGGCGACAGUUGGUGAUGGGUCUGCCUCUGCCAUGGCCGUGUUCGUGCCCGAAUACCCGGGACUACCGAUGGUGGUCCUCUCCACAAUUCAGUCCAUGGGCGGGUCUAAUGUGAAGCUUAUCUUGCAAAAGAAACUGACUUGCAGCGACAUGAAGGCGGACCAAGGCCGUUUCUUGCUUCCAAGUUGUCGGGUCCUCGCGAAUUUCCUCGGUCAGGAAGAGUGGCAGCGGCUCAAGAGUGGAGGGAACAUAUGUGUUCCAGUCAUCGAGCCUUGCCUCAGGGUCUCGACCCUCAGCCUCAGGAGGUGGAAGAUGUCUUCCAGCCAUGUCUUUGUGUUGAACACGGGGUGGAACAAGAUCACCCACGAUCCGGAGAACGGGUUAGUGGAGGAUGAUGUGGUCCAGGUCUGGUCUUACCGAGUUGAAGGGAGACUCUGUUUCGCGAUUGUCAAGACCAUCAUCAAAGCGUCCACGGGAAACACUGUGCCGUCUUCUCCCUCCAGCACUGUGACUCACGUAUGACCGCUGCAUACUGCUCUAAUUGGUUUGAUAAAUUCAGAAUUUUCUUUCACGGUUUAACUGUUUUUCGAUUAUUCCACGACAUCGGCUAAGCAGGGUUUUGUGGGUUUUUUUGAUGAAAUGAACAAUCGUUCAAUUGAUUUCAUUAUGAAUCUCUUGUAAUGUGAAUCAUGGAAGUUAAUUGGGGUGUCUAAUUGUCGAGAAUUUAGUUUGAUUUUGACUCCGUGAAUUGUACAGUCACGAUUAAAUGAUAA